AAUCAAUCAACUGCAUAAUAUUUUUAUUUCAUCAUAACUUGAAUCUGUGAUAACUUGAACCCAUCAAUUAAUCGGUUAUUUUGUCAAUCAUUGUUUAUCACAGAAAAAAAAACGACUUUUCCUUGUGAAAAUAUGGCAAAUAUAAAUUUGACUCUCAAACACCGCUCGAAACAGAUUCCAAAUCGCUUGGACAAAAUCAAAAUAGAAGCCCGUGAAAGACGACGAAAUAUUUUACACUUAAUUUUGGCCUAUUUAAAUGAGAAUAUGCUGAAUGAAACGGCAGAAUGUUUGUCGAGAGAAGCCCAGCUGGACAGCGGCUACGAGCUGUGUGAAAAUGUCGAAUUGGAAAUUAUUUUGCAAGAAUAUCAGAGUUAUUAUUACGCGAAAUUUCAAAAAUAUCCUAAAAUUGUUAGGAAAUUGAAUGAGGAAGAGAUUAAAAUAAAAACGCCCACAAGAACACGAGCUAGAAGUGCCAAAAGAAUAGAAAAUCUUGCACCAAAUAAUGAAAAACAGGAAACUCCUUCAGAGAGUGAGCCUGAUUUCCACUUUCAAAUUACACAUUUGGGUACCACCAAAAAUGACGCAACGGCUACGACCAAACCUCUAUUACCAGAAUGGGACCAAUGUACAGAUAAUGGAGAUUUAAUAAAACAAGUUUCCGAUCAAGUUAUAGUCGAAGAAACUGGCGUCAAAUGGACAGAUUGUGUAGGACUUGAUAAUGCAAUAGAAAUUUUAAAAGAAUCUACUAUUUAUCCAUUAUAUUAUCCAGAGAUUUUCAAAAAUAUUUUUCCUUGGAAAGGUGUUUUGUUACACGGACCACCAGGUACUGGCAAAACAUUGCUAGCUAAAGCUCUAGCCUCAGAAGUCCAUACAACAUUUUUCAAUGUAACCAGCAGUUCUUUUAUAAGUAAAUGGAGAGGGGAAUCCGAAAAACUUAUAAAAAAUCUCUUUGAUGUCGCAAAAAAUCAUGCCCCAAGUACCAUUUUCUUUGACGAAAUUGAUGCGUUAAUAUCCAGAACCACAGAUAUUCAACAUGAAGCCUCAAAAAGAUUCAAAAGUGAACUUUUAGUGCAACUUGAUGGCAUUUCCUCGAGCAGCAACCAAAUUUUCAUACUCGCUUCGACAAAUUCACCUUGGGACCUGGACGAUGCCUUAUUAAGACGAUUCGAUAAGAGAAUUUUAGUUGACAUGCCUGCCAAGGAAGCUAGAAUAGAUAUAUUAAGGCAUCAUUUGAAAAAUUCAGAUGUUGCAUUAUCUCUAGAAGAUUUUAAACAAUUUGGCGAUUUUAGUGUACACUAUUCUGGUUCUGAUAUUAAAAAUGUCACUAAGGAAGUAGCUAUGGCGAUUGUAAGAGAGAAAAUUAAGUUUUUAGAAAAAGGAGGCAAAGAAGUUAGUAAUAGAUCGGUGAUAUUUGAUGAUAUAAAACGGGCUUUACAAAAAAUAAAGCCUGCUACAAAUGAAUUCAUAUGCAAAAAAUAUUAUCAGUGGCAAAAUAAAUAUGGAGCUUUAUAAUUUAAAAUAUAAUUUUUCUACAACUUAAAAAUUCGUUUUACUUACCGUGAAAACCUGCAGCAAAAGGCAGCUACUACGUUGUUCACCGUAUUCAUUGGGUUCCAACAAUCUUUGAGUACCCAAUCUCAUACACCAUUCACCCAAACAAAGUAGCAAAGCAGUACCCAGAGAUCUGUCAUUUUCUGAGGCAGUAGAACCCAAAGGAGCAUGACUGAGCAAUGCCGC